AUGUUGUUCAGUAUCCCGGUACUUCUAUCCACGGCUACUCUCAUAGCCUCUGGAAAAUGCAGUCCCCAUACUGUACAGGUCCCAUCUUCCCCAAAGAAUAAUAGCCCGGUCGUCCCCAAUGAUCUGCAAUCGAUGUCAAUUGAAUUUGCAUACUUUCCCGACUAUGCUGGAAACAAGUCACACCCAAAUAAGCUCUCAAAGAACUUACUUCACAAUCUCAAAUCUCUCACUGGCGUUGCCCCAAAAGUAAGAGUCGGAGGAACCUCACAGGACCAUGCUACCUACUUCCCCGACCAGGAGGAGAAUGUCAAACUGAUCUACCAAAAUCCCACCGAUGAUCAGCCGAUCCAAAUCAAUUACGGUCCUGCCUAUUUUGAAUCGUACCACACCUUGGGAGAUAUCAAGUAUCUUCAUGGGCUGAACAUGAAUCAAAACUACUCGACUAAACAGCUUGAACUCGAGGCGGCGGAAGCUUGUACUUCUAUCGGCCCUAAGCUGCAUCUGUUUGAGCUGGGUAACGAGUUCAAUUUCGCUCCUGGAAAAUAUCGCGCUGCAAACUACUCACUCCUUGAUUAUGCUGAAGAGUGGAAUUCCAAGUCGGCUAUUGUCAAGUCUGCUGUACAGAAAGCCUGUCCUGGAUCUUUCCCUGGGUUCAUGGCGCCUAGCCUCGUUUUGCUGGAUUUUAUUACGGGUACUUCCUGGACUGCCGAGGAGCUCUAUAGUCUUGGAUACGAUGAACAUAAUCUGACCAAGGAGCUAUGUUUCCACAAGUAUGACAUCCACUAUCCUUCUUGUUCACUUUUCGCUUUGCUAACUUUUUGGGACAGCUAUAUGGGCGUCAACGCACCUCCUCUGCCCCCUGCGCAGCUCGAUCUUCAACGGACUUUGAUGAACCACACAAACAUUAUGAAAAAUCUUGCACUGCAGAUCACGCGCUCUGAGAACCUUGCCUAUCUCGAUCUCCCUUACACCCUAGGCGAACUAAAUUCGAUCGCAAACCAGGGCGUGAAUGGAGAGACUAACGUGUUUGGCGACGCUCUAUGGCUAGUCGACUUCUCCCUCUGGGCAGCAGUUCACGGCAUCAAGCGUUUGCAAUUCCACCAAGGUCUGAAUUACCGUUACGCCUCGUGGCAGCCAAUCGAGAGCAAAGGUGUUCCCCCAACCACCCGACCCCCGUACUACGGUCAAAUCAUGGUCGCCAGUGCGAUCGGAAAAUCCAAGAACACGCGCAUUGUCAACAUCCCUCUGUCGGAGGAUACCGAGUCCGCUUAUGCAAUCUACCAUGGAGACCGACUGUCGAAGCUGGUUGUGACAAAUCUGCGGGCUUUCAACCAGACCACCUCCAGUCGUCCUCACAGAGAAUACAAAUUCCACGUGCCUGCACAGCAUAAGAGCGCCAAGAUUGAGCGCUUGAUUGGCCCCGGUAGUGACGCGCUUGAGAAUAUUACUUUUGGUGGAAUUUCAUAUGAUGCAUCAAAUGAAGGGAAGGCUGUCCAACGGCAUUCGAAGGAAGAGACAAGGAUUAAGAAUGGGCUGCUUACUAUCACUGUUCCGGACUCGUCCGCAGUUCUCAUCACUCUGUGA